AUGGUUCCCACAAUCCCCGAAAACGGUGUAUUUCAGCUCAAGUCCGACUCGAGAGCACGAUCGCGAGCGGUGGCGGCGAGUCCACUAGAGGCCGGUAAUAUUGUCCUUGUGGAGACGCCCUUGGCGGUUGCAAUCCAUCCGACUUACAAAGGUCGUCGGUGUGAUGGCUGUUUACGAGAGUUUGACAGCUUGCAGAAAUGUUCUGGAUGUGGAGUUUACUGGUACUGUGGAGUAGCGUGCCAGAGCGCGUCAUGGAAGAGGCACCACCGACGUCUUUGUGGAUUCUCUAAGGCGUAUUCAUCGACUAGUGCAUACAAGGAUGCAACAGAAGACACUCAGACAGAUAUAUGUUUAUUAGCUCAUCUGGGAGCAGAACAUUUUUACAAAUUCAAUACAUUGGAAGAGGCUCAAACGACUUCGAACCAAACUGUUCAAAUCUUUUGGGAUUUGCUAGCGUCGGCGCAACCACACGCCGGACAGAACUUGAUAUCACCGCUAGACUUUACCUCUUCUGGCGUUCUCUCCUCAGCUGCCGCACGAUUUGGCAAUAAUAACUUUGUGAUUCACGACGCGCAGCUUGUUCCGUACGCACACGGAGUAUUCGCUCUGGCCAGCCGAUCAUUUAAUCACUCUUGUCGACCAAAUGCCGUUGCCAUGUUCGAAGAGUCAGAAAAAGGUGUACAAAUGGUAGUUAAAUUGGUUGAGAACGUGGCUGCUGGUGAAGAGGUACGCGCCCCGCAUCUCGGAGUAUCUUUCGCCCUGAACCCGGCCAGCAGAUAUGCAUCUCGUAUACGGAUCCCGCAACACCAGAUUCUAAGCGCCAUGAUGCAUUGCAACACGCAUAUGGGUUUCUCUGCCGGUGCUCCAGGUGCAUCGCUGGUACCUCAGCUGCGCCACGGUCUCUGGGUGAUGAAUCAAUCCUACACAACCAAAUAG